AUGGCUCAAAAAAAAGUCUUAAUCUCUUUAACUUCAUUCAAUGGUCCAUUCUAUGCAGAUGGUAAGAAUACAGGUGUUUUUGUCGUUGAAGCGUUGCAUCCAUUUAACACAUAUAUUGAAAAAGGAUAUGAGGUUCAGUUUGUAUCUGAAACUGGGACAUAUGGUUGGGACGAGCAUUCAUUAGAGCCAGAAUUCUUAUCUGGUAAUGAUUUGAAAGAUUUUGAAGACAAGAAUUCCGCAUUCAAUGUUGCAUUGAGUAAAAUUAAAACUCCAAAGGAUCUUUUGGAUGAUAUUAAGGAUUAUUCAAUCUUCUUUGCUUCUGCUGGUCAUGGUUGUUUGUUUGAUUACCCAACUGCUUCAGGCUUACAUAUGUUGGCUUCUUCAUUGUAUACACAAGGUGGUGUUGUGGCUGCUGUGUGUCAUGGACCAGUCAUUUUUGAAGGAAUAAACGAUACUAAAACUGGUAGAUAUAUCAUUGAAGGGAAAUCAGUAACUGGAUUUACAGAUCUUGGUGAAACUAUCCUACAGGUAGAUGGUAUUAUGAAAGAAAAAAGUUUGGAAAGUCCAGAAACCGUUUUAUGGAAGCUGGGUGCUAAAUUCUUAGCACCAAUUGGCCCAUGGGAUGAUUUUUCCAUUACUGAUGGAAGAGUCGUUACCGGGGUUAAUCCUGCAUCAGCUGUUUCAACUGCAAUUAGAUCCAUUAAUGCAUUACCAGACAAAGCAUAG